GCGACCAGGAACUUCUGUGCGAAAGUGGCGAAUCUCGGCGUCUGCAGUUGGGGGUAUCAAGCGACCUUUGGCUUUUGGAAGAUAUAUCAGUUUCUGACUGCUGGGGACAAUUGUGUAGAACCAAUGCAACAUCGUCCAGAAUAAGAAGGGACAAUGCGCUAUCAGAGGAAGUUACAGAUCGCAGCUUCGGUUUGUUUAUUUUUUGUGAGCUGUUUCCGUUUCUCUGCGGCGGAGAGCUCGAUGGCGGACCCUCCACCACCACAUAGGCCUUGCUCUACAUUUUCUCAGAAAUCCUGUGAAGAAUGCUUAAAGAAUGUUUCGUGCCUGUGGUGCUACACCAACAAUACCUGCUUAGAUUACCCUGUCAAAAAUCUACUUCCUCCCGCGUCAUUGUGCAGCCUGUCUCAGGCUCGAUGGGGGGUGUGCUGGGUGAAUUUUGAAGCCCUCAUUAUUGCCAUGGCUGUGGUGGGUGGAACCAUUUUGUUAAGUAUUACUGUCUGCUGCUGCUGGUGUUGCUGCAGGACUAGCUCUUCAGGGUUGGACAGAGAUGAGGAAAGAUUGUCCCGAAGGCGGGAGGAAAUCCGGCAGCGCUCCGAAGAGCGGAAGGCAGAAAGAAAAUCUAGGCAUGAUGAAAUCCGUAAAAAGUAUGGGCUUGUUCCUGACUCUGACCACCCAUACAGCCGGUUUGAAAACGAGUGAAGUAUACAGCAUUCAAGGUGCAUUGCUUUGCAGGAAGGGGGGGCAUUGGCAAAUGUUUCUGUGGCUGUUUUCUUUGUUACAUGACUUAUCCUCUGUGUUACUGCAUAUUGUACUAGUAGUUAUAUCAUUUCCAAGAGAUUGCUAGAGUUACGAUCUGUUUAUUUCUUGUUAUGAUCUAAGUGUAUUUUCAUGUGCAUUUGAAAACACAAUCACUUUUUUUUCUGACUGCACUGCUGAAAACCAUUGCUAAUCUAAAAUUAAGAAUCGGUAAAGUUAACGAGAUAAUACAGUACUCACUAUUUACAGUGCGUGUAUUUUUAAGCCCCACAGAAUGAGUUAAAAGUUUUGCUUAUGAACAUUUUGAAUUUAGGUUCUCGAAAAAUUUCAUUUUGACAUCCUGUUAGCUCCUUGUUUUGUUUUAUUUUUUGUUCUGUAAAUGAAUCGCUUGUUGUGUCAAUGUAAGAUAAUGCUGUAUAAACCUGGGCUGAAAAAAUUGAUUUCUAAUAAAGGUUCUUUUUUCACUACAUAAAAA